UUCAGUACGCUCAUCCUACGAUUAGAGAAUUGCUGCGGAGAGUUCCAUGGCGCGAGGUACAGAAUCGUACAGUAUCGUGUAUGCGAGAUCACUUAUCCAAGUGUCAUCUAGUUCCCUCGUACAUCAACCAAACACGCCAGACUACUCCGUAUCUUUGUCAGACCUUCUGCCUCUUCUCUCCUGCAGACCCUGAAAUACGGAGGGCCUCCUUGGCUUGAUUCGAGCGGAGGACAGCGUGGUAAAACUUAAAAGGCCCUCGGAGGAGAAUUAUUCUCCCAAGCAGGCAGGCCGCUGGGCAGGGUGGGUAUCGGCGCAAUGGGCCCGCGGCGCGCUCAACCUUCUUUGACUUUCGAGAAACGAACUGGGCGCCAGGAUCACAGCUAAGGGCUACAAGCCUACAAGUGCAUACAGUAGUGCAGUGCGGGUGCAGUAAGGUCUCUUCCUGGCGCGGCCGUCAUCGUGGGCUCCGGGAGCGUAAAUGACAAGCGCAUUCCGCCAGCAUGGGCCUGCCACUCUUUCGAGCCACAUUCUCGCUUUUGCAUGUCUUCGCACUUAGCCACUUCUAUCUACUGUUACAAUCACUACUCCGUAGCGUAGUCCCUCUCGACUUUGUUGCAACUAGUACCAGUAGUCGUGAAAGCUGCAAUUCCCUAUUCGAGAUUGGUGGAUUCGCUGUUUGCGGACUUAUUCGCGCGGUCAAAGGGUAUGUCACACAAGCAUGUAUCUCCGUACCUAGGCAUAGUAUAUGUACCCUACGGCGUUUGUAAAGGGUUGGAGACUACAAAGGAGAAGGCAUUGGGGCCAUUUGCGAGCAUCUUGACGAUCCAUCUCAGUCUUCACAUACUCCAGACAUAGUACGGACAUCGAACGGACGGCGCCCCUCUGACUAGUGCAUAUAACUUGAGUCACUAUGUCGACAUGUGAGGCUGUCGUCCUACUCGUACAUCUCCAUACAUACAUACGUCCGUCAUAGGUGUGUAUUAUUAGCCCGAAAACUUAAGAUACCGCAAUAUUGGGGGGCCAUCAAUUGAGCAAAGCCAGUCGGUACAGGGGCCAAUUGCAGUGGGGAAGGGAACACGGCGGAGGGUAGAUAUUGGGUGCAUUGGGAGACAUGGCGCCUUUCCGCCAUCGUUAACUUAAUCUAGAUGAUUUGCUAGCAAGGGAGAUGCCAGCAACUUGUAAAGGCUACAGGGCCGUAGCCGAGCAUUCAACGACCUUGUCUCCCAGACUUCUCAAAGGG